GUGUGAAAUUGUGUGCCGACCAAUGAUGUAUACAUACCAUACAAUAGACGAAUUCGCUGUAAGAGAAGUUUCCCUUCAAAGAACUGAGUCAUUGGCGGUGGUGACGCCACGAUCUAUUCGGGCAUUCGAUUCUGAUCCGUGUCAAAGGGGUAAGUUACUGCUGCUGCAAUCAAUUAACCGGCGUGUGAAUAUCGGAGAAGUUAGCCGAGUGUCUGACGUUCACGCCCAGACCAUGGCGUCAUUCAUCCCCAGGCCCAUACCCAUUCCAGCUUUGCCAGCUCCAUCUUCGGUUCGUAUGCGGGUCGAAAUCGCCAGCGGCAGUUCGAGCAUACAUAUACACAACACCUAUCGAUAUACGCAUGCCACCACCCCCCUUCUCUUCCCAGACAGACACGCGUCCGUAGACGGGGACGGAAGCCCCAUUCCCUCAACUAUCAAGAGAGCCAUAAGUCGCAAUGAAGGGUGGAUGAUCUCCCAGAGACCCAGAAUAGACACAGCAAGCUUGGAGCCCACUGGCCACCGCCAAUUGGAACUGAAAGCUUACAGUCAGGAUUUGGCCAGCUUGUAAAAAGCUUAUAAAAAUGUUGCGACAUAAAUGAGCCCCUUGUUCGUU